AUAUACUAUAGAAGUACUACUCCAAGCACACCAAAACCUCUUAUAAAUCAUCAUCCCCUUCACUUUUCCAAACGUUUCUUGCAUUCCCGGCCCUUUAAGCCAAUAUAUAUACAUAAAAACAUAUAUUGCAUCUGCAAAUUUCAUCUAAAUCUCCUUUCAUCUUCUUUGAUCUGUGUGCGCGCUGGAUUCCGACUAUGGCUGACCUGAAAUCCGCCGGCCAUCCUCUGGCCAGCCCACCACUCCUUACGGCGGUCCACGACGACGCUCCCAAGAAACCAAAACGCAACAAAUAUGCCCUAGCUUGCUCCAUCUUGGCCUCCAUGACUUCCGUUUUACUUGGCUAUGACAUAGGAGUGAUGAGUGGGGCAUCGAUUUACAUUAAGAAGGAUCUGCACGUCUCCGACGUGCAGGUGGAGCUGCUGAUCGGAACUAUCAACAUCUACUCGCUGGUCGGAUCCGCCGUGGCGGGGCGGACCUCCGACUGGAUCGGCCGCCGCUACACCAUCGUCUUGGCGGGGGUCAUCUUCUUCGUCGGCGCGCUCUUGAUGGGAUUCGCCACCGACUUCUCUUUCCUUAUGGUGGGUCGGUUUGUCGCCGGAAUCGGCGUCGGAUACGCCCUGAUGAUCGCUCCGGUGUACACCGCCGAGGUGGCGCCCGCCUCCAUCCGCGGCUUCCUCACUUCCUUCCCUGAAGUAUUCAUCAAUUUUGGUGUUUUACUUGGAUUUGUUGCAAAUUACUCAUUUGCAAGGCUUCCAUUACACUUGGGAUGGCGAUUGAUGCUGGGAGUAGGUUUAGUUCCGGCGGCCAUACUCGCGCUCGGCGUACUCGCCAUGCCGGAGUCGCCGCGGUGGCUGGUGAUGCAGGGCCGCCUCCGAGACGCCAAGGAAGUUCUGGACAAAACCUCCGAUUCCAUGGAAGAAUCGCAACAGAGAUUAGCGGAUAUCAAGGAGGCGGCGGGGAUUCCGGCGGACUGCAAAGACGACGUCGUUGAAAUCAAGGCGGAGUCGAGCGGCGGCAAGGGGGUAUGGAAGGAGCUUUUCGUGAAUCCGAGUCCGAAAAUCGUGCACAUUCUGUUGGCCGGCGUGGGAGUCCACUUUUUCCAGCAGACCAGCGCGGUUGACGCGGUGGUUAUGUAUAGUCCGAAGAUAUUUGAAAAGGCCGGAAUCGAGACGGAGACUCAGCAGCUUCUGGCCAGCAUCGCCGUCGGAUUCUCGAAGAUGAUUUUCUGUUUAGUCGCGACUUUUCUGCUCGACAAGGUCGGCCGGCGCGUGCUGCUCCUGACGAGCGUCGGCGGCGUCGUGGUUUCCCUCCUCUGUUUGGCCGCCGGCUUAACCGUCGUCGAUCGGUCCGCAGAAACUCCGCCGUGGACCGUCGGGUGGUGCGUGGCCAUGACGCUCUCCUGCGUCGCGUUCUUCUCCAUCGGCCUCGGCCCCAUCCCGUGGGUCUACAGCUCCGAGGUCUUCCCCCUUCGCCUACGCGCCCAGGGAUGCGCUAUCGCGGUUGCGCUCAAUCGCCUCCUAAGCGGCAGUUUACUAAUGUCCUUUAUCUCCCUCUACAAACUUAUCACAAUCGGCGGCGCGUUCUUCCUCUACGCCGGCUGCUCCGCCGUUGCUUGGGUCUACUUCUUCACCUUACUCCCGGAAACUCAGGGAAGAACGUUAGAAGACACGGAGGCACUGUUCGGCACGUUUUUCCGGUGGCGAUCCACCCUGAGAGAGCUGGAGAGGAAGAAAUCUGCAGAAAACGGCGAAGAUAACGGCGAGGCUUAGCUUGGACUUCUACCAUAUAUACUUACUUAUAUAAUCUUUUUUUAAAGAUACUUAUAUUAUCUAUGUUGCUUAAUUAAAUAAUAAAUUAUGUGGUAUGUUAAUCAGUGGACCGUUAGGCCACGUGUGGAACUCCGAAUUAUUUAUCAUAUCGUAGGUAGUUUAAAUGUUUAAAAUGGUCUCCCAACAUAGAUUUUAUCUAAUUAUCAAGAAAAUCUGUGUGAGACAGUUAGAUGUCUAGGGAGCCUAGCUAUGUAUCUCAGAAUUUGAAUGCAUGGUCUUAUAGUUUAAAUAAUAAGUUAUGUUGUUAAUCAUCGA